AAUAUUUUCUCUCAAAUUUCAACAAAACUUCAUCCAUCAAUCUCGAGGGGAAGGAAGGAGGAAGAAAGAGGCGAGGGAAAUGGCGAGGAGACCGGACGAAGAGUACGAUUAUUUAUUCAAGGUUGUGUUGAUCGGAGAUUCCGGAGUCGGCAAAUCCAACCUGCUCUCCCGAUUCACCAGAAACGAGUUCUGCCUCGAGUCCAAGUCAACCAUCGGCGUUGAAUUCGCCACCCGUACUCUUCAGGUUGAGGGAAGAACGGUAAAGGCUCAGAUAUGGGACACUGCUGGGCAGGAGAGAUAUCGCGCCAUAACCAGUGCGUAUUACAGGGGUGCACUCGGGGCUCUAUUAGUGUACGACGUGACAAAGCCAACAACCUUUGAGAAUGUGAGCCGUUGGCUGAAGGAACUCAGAGACCACGCGGAUUCAAACAUAGUGAUCACACUUAUUGGGAACAAGAACGACCUGGGCCAUCUCCGUGCAGUUGCCACAGAGGAUGCCCAAAGCUACGCCGAAAGGGAAGGGCUCUCUUUCAUCGAAACGUCUGCUCUGGAGGCAACUAAUGUGGAGAAGGCGUUCUUGACCAUUCUCUCGGAGAUCUAUCGGACGAUUAGUAAGAAGUCUCUAUCUUCGGAGGAGCCAUCCGUAGGUGCGAAUAUCAAAGGAGGGAAGACCCUUGAUGUUAGCUCACAACAAGAUGGCAACAUCAAAAAACCUUGCUGCUCUUCGUCUUGAUGAUCCUCAUUGGUGGUAGCUCUUUUUCUCAUAUUUGCCCUUGAUCUUUUGUGUUUUGACUUUUUAUUGUUGUUGUUU